ACAAGCGCAUCUGGCUACGGCCAGGCACGAAGCUGGUCCUCGGCCGCACAUCCAAGCCAGAGCCAGGCCAACGCANUGCGAUACAUCGAGAACUCGUCCGUCUCCCGUAAACACUUGACUGUCGACGUCGCCAAAGUCGAGCCUGGAGAGAGCAAGCACCUACACGCAAAGACAAAGUUACAACUCACCGACAAUUCAAAGGUCGGCUCUUGGCUCAACAACGAUCGUCUGGAAAAGGGCACUGCAAGAGACUUGGACAAGAACGACAACAAGAUCAAGUUGGGCAACUACGAACACCUCUUCCACAUCAAAUGGCAACCCAUUGUCUUCUCCUUUCCCUCGCUUCCUCGCGCCUAUCGUCAACUCGAAGAUCCACUUGUAGACCAACGUCUGAUUCUCGAACCUCUGGGUAUCAAGUGUAUCGUUGAUUACAUUGCUCAAUUCACUUCUCAUCUCGUCGCAAAGAAGCGCAAUACCCCCACCACUCUUCAAGCUCUAGUCAAUGCUCGCUACAUUGUCAUCGAUGACUACGUUGAUCAGAUCCAACUAAUAUCGCUCGACGCUCUCGAACAAGACUUCAACGCAAACUGGCCAAGCGAAGAGCCAUACUCACCUCCACCCGCAAACGAGCCAAACCCUCGCCCCGACAAGUCACCCGACUUCCUUCCCAACCCAGCUCGUUCCGAAAUCUUCUCACACUACACCUUCAUAUUCAGCGACCCUGGACAACAUGCCAAUCUCAUGCCCACCAUCACUGGUGGUGGUGGAAAGGCUUUGUGCCAUCCCGUCGACAAUCAAAAUCCAGACCCUCAAGACUUAUUGAGAUAUGUUCGAGAAGUUGCUGGCAAGAAAUCGGACAAAGCUUUCAAUCUUGGCCAACAACCAAAGUCAAAAGGUGGCAUCAUUUUGGUCCGUAUUGGCGGCUACAAACAAGAGAAGUCAUGGUUCUAUGAUCAGGUUGAUUCUUCUUUGGGUCAAAGCAGUAUCGAGCAGAAUGAGCUAUUGGAAGUCAUCCUUGAUGCUGAUGCUUCAAAGUUGAAAAGACCUGCUGAAGUUGUCCAACCACCAGAGGACACAGUCAUGCAGAAUGGAACUCAGCGAGAAUCAGAAUCUCCUUCUGUGCGUCGACAAUCGAACAGGAUCGCUACAGAACUCCCAUCUGCAACUCCAGAGGAAGGUAAUCCCGAAACUUCCCAGCAGGAGGCACCAACAACAGGCAGACGCCGCGGACGCAGACCUUUGACACAACCGAAAUUCAAGGGCUUUGACGAGAUCGAUAUCAACGACUUGCCAAAGUAUCGUUCUCCGUCUCCUUCACAGCCUCCUUCGCAUCAACCGAGCCAAGCACCCUCACCAGACUUCAUGAAUGAGGAUGAACACGUUGAGAGUUCCUAUCCAGCACCAAGCCAACACACACAACGUUCAACCAGGAAGAGGCCACCACCAGAGGAUGAAGAGACCCAUCAUGAUAUGAUGGCUGACAUGCUGCAAGGUGCUGCAAGGAUGAAAAAACGUCGCAUCGAUGCAGGACUUGAGGCUUCUGCGUCGCCUAACGAAACACCAGCUGAAGAAGCCGCGCCAGCACCUGCGGUGAAGAAGGCCAAAAAGCGCAAGGACAAGGAAGUCGAUGUACGAGCCAUACUGGCAGAGCGCCAACAAGCAGAGGAGGAAAGGCGUCUCGAAGAUGAAGAGAAGCUCCGCGAUCAACUCGAGGGCAUGGAAGUGGCCGAUAUGCAAAACCUAGCACAAAUUGAGACCAUGGAAAUACGCCGUGAGCCUCCACCACGAUCAAGAUAUGAUGCCGAGGCUGGACACGAUGACCGCUGGGAUGAUCGAUGGAAUGGCCGCAAGAACUUCAAACGUUUCCGCAGACAAGGCACUGCAGCCAACACACAAACCCGAGCUCGUGUCUUCGUUUCCUUAGAAGAAGUCGAGCCAAAGGCAUACGGCGCGCAAGACGAAUAUUUCCUAGAACCUCGUUCAAAGAAGGCCGNNAGAAGAGGGCUCGAAGGAAGGCGAGACGAGCACAGCAGACACAAGACAGUAUGGAUGUCGAAGUCACUGCGACACCUUCAUCUGCCGCUGCCAAUGGUACACCUUCACAGCAGCGAUCGAACAAUGCAAACAACAGUAUUUCUCUCGUCUCGGAUAGUGACCAGGACAUCUCGUCGGAAGACGAAGNACAACGCCGCACGCUUCCGCCGCCGUAUUGCAACUUCUCGCGCUCAAGACGCCGAAGCCUCACGCCUAGAAGCUAUACUGCCGGAGGAGAUUGCAGGCACAGCUCGUGACCAAGACAUCGCUGAUGCAGCCAGACAAGCCAAGAGCAGUGCGUCUGUACGAACACAACCAGGCAAAAGGACAGCCAAGGGUGUUGUGGAUGAGAUCUCGCAGCCGAGGAAAAGAGUGCAGAGAAACCCUAGUCCAGAUGAAGUUUCCGAGGACGAGGAUGAUGAUGACGAAGAGAGUAGUACUCGCUUCAGACGCAGAAAGAAG